AUGAACAGUCUUUCACCCUCUUUGUGCUCGCCUGAGGCCUUUUCAUAUCCUCUGAUCCCCGAUGUCCAAGUCUUGUCACUGCACGCCAACCAAGUCUCCAAUGUCUCCCAGUACAUCUCUGAAUGGUAUUACUAUAACCAUGAAGGCGUCGCGGCGCAUAAUACCAGCUUCUGUAACGUGACCGUGACCUACAAGCAUAUCGGCAAAAAUGACACCAUCAACGUCGGCGUCUUCCUACCCAGCGACUCGUGGAAUGAACGAAUGCAGGGGGUGGGAGGGAAUGGAUAUAGCGCUGGUCUCACAGAUCUUACCACAUACGGAAUGAUUGCGGCGGUGGCCGAGGGAUACACCGUCGUCUCGACGGAUGGAGGACACACAAGUGACAGCCCUGCGGACUGGGCCCUCCUGGACGACGGCAUGCUGGAUUACGAUGCGAUUCACGACUUUGGCUCCAUCUCCCUCAACGAUGCAGCACUCAUUGGGAAGAACCUCGCAGAGAGUGCUUAUGGAUCGAAGCCCAAGUACUCGUACUGGACUGGUUGUUCACAGGGUGGGAUACAGGGUCUAGCUCUAGCCCAGUUGUAUCCAGACGCGUAUGAUGGUAUCGUCGCCUCUGCUCCGGCAAUCAACUGGCCGCAGGUUUCUCUGGGAGGGUGUUGGGCGCAAUUCGUUAUGAACCAGAUGGGCAAGUAUCCACACCCUUGCGAGCUUAACGCAGUCACAGCUGCCGCAGUCUCGGCCUGUGAUGGUGCCGAUGGCCUCAAGGAUGGUAUACUCUCCGAUCCUCAUUCAUGCGCCUUCGAUCCGUUCACUCUUGUCGGAACCCAGAUCAACUGCACCGAUACUGGAUCCCUGAUGAACAUUUCCACUGUCGCCGCUGAGGUUGCCAAUGCCACCUGGACCGGAGCGCGAGAUCCACAUGGCCAGUUCCUGUGGUAUGGCUUCAAUCCUGGAACUGCCCUGGCAGGGGGAAACGCUCCAGCAAACACGAAGUGUGCCAAUGGGACAUGCACUGCUUCAUCGACUGAGUUGUACAACCAAUGGGCUCAGGUGCUCGUUGAACAGAACCUUAACUUCAACCUAUCCACCCUCACACACCAGCAAUUCGACCACCUCUUCCGCAAGUCCCUCCAGCAGUGGAAGACGGUAUUUGGAACCGACAAUCCCGAUUUAUCUAGGUUUCGCGAUGCCGGCGGCAAGAUGCUGACCUAUCAUGGCUUGAUGGAUGAGGUCAUCCCUCCCAACGGGACAAGGUCGUACUAUGAAGCUGUCACGGCUGGGGAUGCCAAUGUCAACGAGUACUAUCGACUCUUUGAAGCCCCAAUGAUGGGCCACUGUUAUGGCGGUCAGGGAGGACAGCCCUCUACCAUGUUCGAUAGCCUGGUUGCUUGGGUCGAGUCUGAUACUGCGCCGGAUAGUCUUCCAGUGAAGUAUCGUCUGAAUAACGGAGCGACGUACAAUCGGAUCCUUUGUCCGUAUCCCCAACGCGUGCAGUACCGAGGAGCAGGUAAUGUGACUUCGGCUGAGAGUUUCUAUUGUGCGGACUGA